ACAUUUAUAGCAUACUAGAUAUCAUAUUCAUAUGGAUCAAUCCAUGGUUCCAGCUAAAAUUGAGAUUGCUCGAAAUGUGGCUGGUGUUGUUGGCAAAAUUUUAUUACUUUACAAGAAAAAGGCAGUGGAACAAUUCUCGCCAACCCCAUACUUGGUGAUGCUAAUGAACCAGAUUGUCCGGAUCCUGAUUGCGCUGCCCUGGGUGCACCCAAACAGCACCCUCCUCUUAAUCGGCAACGUCACCGUCGGCAUCAUUGCACUCUUCUUCGUUAUCCUCUUUCUCAUCUACUCCGAUAGGAAUAAGAGGUUGCAGGUGGGGCUGGUGGCGCUCCUCGAGCUCAUAUUGGUCGUCGUCCUCACCCUUGUUGUCCUCACUCUUUUACACUCCACACGGCGCCGUUCUCUGGCUGUUGGAAUUAUCGGCAAUGUCACAAGCAUCAUGGUGUAUGCCUCGGCCUUUUCAGUCAUGGUCAAUACGGGUGAUAAGGACUAAAAGUGUGGAAGACAUGCCCUUAUCCUGCUCUUUGGUUUCCUUUGCCGGUGCUUGUGCCUGGACUUGUUAUGGCUUACUCCCUUUUGACCCUUUCAUCUGUGUAAGUAAUUAAAUAUAUAUAUAUAUAUAUAUAUAUUUGUUAAUUUGUUUUGUUGAUGAUGAUC